AUGGACGAGAAGCCUACCAUACACCGGCUUUUUCACGCAACUGAUUCCCCAGAUAGCACAUCUAUCCACGCCGAACGAAAAGCCUCCAUCACAUCUUUUGGCCAUCAUGGGAAAUCAAAAGCCGAGGAGAAGGAGCGUAUCGAUGCGCUGGCCACUAGUCCGGGUGUAACAAUGGCAUCUUUUGCUCACCUUGACGAGAAGAAGAUACUGCGAAAGAUGGACUUGCGCCUUAUACCCAUGUUGGCAUUGUUGUAUUUGUUGAGUUUCCUUGACCGAGGAAAUAUCGGUAAUGCGAAGAUUGAAGGUCUGACGGAAGAUCUGAACAUGUCGGGCGCGCAAUACAACUGGUGUUUAACAGUGUUCUUCUUCACCUACGCCUUCUUUGAAGUACCCUCGAACCUGUUGCUCAAGAAGCUCCGGCCGUCGAUCUGGCUACCAACCAUCAUGGUAGCUUGGGGUAUCGUCAUGACACUGAUGGGUAUAGUGCAGAGUUACGAGGGUCUCCUAAUAGCCAGGAUCUUCUUGGGGGUAACAGAAGCUGGACUAUUCCCAGGAGUAGCAUACUACAUCACUAUGUGGUACGCCCGACACGAAGCGCAAUUCCGCCAAGCCCUCUUCUUCUCCGCUGCCUCGGUCGCAGGCGCCUUCUCGGGCCUCCUUGCCUUUGGCAUCGCACACAUGGACGGCGUAGGAAAUCUUGCGGGAUGGCGCUGGAUCUUCAUCUUGGAGGGCAUACUGACUGUCAUCGUGGCAAUCAUUGCAUACUUCACUCUCUUCGACUUUCCCGAGACUGCCUCUUUCCUGACAGAAGAAGAACGUGCUUUUGUUGUUUACCGCCUGAAGUACCAGAACUACAAGGAAGAGGCAGACGGUGGUGUGAGGGUCGCGCAGGACGACACUUUCCAAUGGAAGUUUGUCAAAGCCGCUUUCCUGGACUGGCAAAUCUGGACGAACAUUUUGGUUUAUUGGGGUAUCGUAUGCCCGCUGUAUGGCAUAUCCCUCUUCCUUCCCUCAAUCAUUCGCGCGCUUGGGUAUAGCUCUUCGACGGCUCAACUCCUCACUGUACCCAUCUACAUCACGGCAUCCGUCCUAGCUGUCAUCGUCGCAUACUUCAGCGAUAAAGUUGGAAAGCGGUAUCCGUUUAUUUUGGUGUGCCUAUGCAUCAUGGCUGUCGGCUUUAUCAUGUGCAUCGCAGGUGGCAGCGUGCCAGGGCUCGUAUACGCGGGUGUCUUCAUUGCGGCAUGUGCUCUCUACCCAGCCUUCCCAGGCAACAUCACCUGGCUCAGUAACAACCUCGCUGGAAGCACGAAGAGAGCUACUGGACAAGCUAUCCAGAUCGCUGUGGGUAAUUUGGCAGGCGCCAUGGCUUCCAACUUCUAUCGCGCAGAAGAUGCGCCCAGAUAUCUUCUUGGCCAUGCUCUCGAACUCGGGUUCAUCGUGGCGGGUAUCCUAGCAUUGCUAGUACUGGUGUUCAACUACAAGCGCAUCAACGCGAAGAGGGAACGACAGGUAGCCGAGGGUGCGCAUAAUGGGUAUACUCCCGAAGAGCUGGGCGCGCUUGGAGAUCGGGCGAUUACGUUCAAGUAUUUCCUGUAG